CAACGAAGUGCUUUGCAGUCUGCUGCAAGAAAAUUGAAAACAGAAAACAAAAACAGAGGGAAGAAAGACAGACAUGGGGGGCAGCGAUGGGAUCUUGGGGCGCAAAGAAGGUGAAGGAAUGAUAUCAGAAGCACGCAGAAGAAAGAAAUGGCUUAAGAGGCGAGAGAGAUGGCUUGUAAUACUUGGUGUGAUCCUUCACGCUGUCUAUAUGUUAAGUAUCUUCGAUAUUUACUUCAAGACCCCAAUUGUCCAUGGCAUGGAUCCUGUCAAACCUCGCUUCAAGGCCCCAGCGAAACGUCUUGUACUCCUUGUUGCGGAUGGUUUACGUGCUGAUAAGUUUUUUGAGCCGGAUUCAGAGGGAAAUUACAGAGCUCCAUUUUUGAGGAGUAUAAUUAAAAACAAAGGCAGAUGGGGAGUUUCUCAUGCUCGACCCCCUACAGAAUCAAGGCCUGGACACGUUGCUAUAAUCGCUGGUUUUUAUGAGGACCCUAGUGCAGUCACAAAAGGCUGGAAAGCUAAUCCAGUUGAGUUUGAUUCAGUUUUUAACCGAAGCAGGCAUACAUUUUCUUAUGGUAGCCCUGAUAUUGUCCCAAUAUUCUGUGGCGCCUUGGAACACAGUACAUGGGAGACCUACCCUCAUGAAUUUGAAGACUUUGCAACUGAUGCUUCCUUUUUGGAUGAGUGGUCUUUUGAUCAAUUUCAGAGCCUUCUGAAUAGGUCCAAUGAAGACCCAAAGUUGAAGGAGUUACUUCUACAGGAUAAUCUUGUUAUAUUUCUGCAUCUACUUGGCUGUGAUUCAAACGGUCAUGCUCAUCGGCCCUUUUCAUCCAUCUAUCUCAAUAAUGUUAAGGUUGUAGACAACAUAGCUCAACGUGUUUAUGCUCUUCUUGAAGAUUAUUAUAAGGACAAUAGUACAGCAUAUAUAUUUACAGCUGAUCAUGGAAUGAGUGAUAAAGGUAGUCAUGGAGAUGGGCAUCCUUCAAAUACUGAUACUCCCCUUGUUGUUUGGGGAGCAGGUGUCAAAUAUCCCAAGCCAAUUUCUAGAGAUGGCCAUUCUGAUCAUGAUUUUCAUUUUGUUGAUGAACAUACCCAUGACAUGCCAACGCCAGUAGAUUGGGGCCUGAAUGGGAUUGAAAGGGUGGAUGUGAAUCAAGCUGAUAUUGCACCCCUCAUGUCUACGCUUCUUGGUUUACCAUGCCCUGUUAACUCAGUUGGAAAUUUACCACUUGGAUAUGUUGAUAUGAUUGAGGCAGAGGAAGUUGAAGCUGUGCUAGCUAAUACAAAGCAAAUCCUCAACCAGUUUCUUCGCAAAUCACAAAUAAAGCAGUCAAACUCAUUAUAUUUCAAGCCAUUUAAACCACUGAGUCAACAUUUCUCUCUGUUGGAACACAUUGAAUAUCUAAUAUCUGUAAGAGACUAUCAAAUUGCAAUGAGUCUGACCCAAAAGCUCAGAAGCUUGGCACUGCAAGGACUUCAUUACUUUCAAACGUAUGAUUGGCUGAUGCUGAUGACUGUAAUUACUCUUGGAUAUCUUGGUUGGAUGGUCUAUCUCAUUUUGCAUGUGCUUCAAUCUUAUACUUCACUGGCAGAAAAGAUAUUGAAGAUGGAGCAAGCUACAGAGCAGAAAAAUAAAAUUGGAAAAGUGUAUCUGUUUGGAUGCCUGUUGAUGGGAGCAAUUUUUGUUCUAUUAUAUGUGGAGCAUUCACCUCCUCUAUACCACGCAUACUUUGCAAUGACAGUGUUUCUUUGGACCCAGAUACUCAGUGAAUGUCGGUUUGUAAAAGCAUUGUGGAGACAUUUAAGUGGGAAAAAGUUCAAUUAUGCCAUUAAACUUUUAGCUACCUGUGCCAUAUCAAUAAUAUUCCUAGAAUUCCUGGUGAAUAGUUUCACAGAGAGGAAACUCUACACCUGGUGCUUCUUAAUUGUGGGAAUUAUAGCUUCUCUUUAUCUUUUCAAAUCAAUUCGGUGGAGAUCUGGGAUACCAAUUUUCAUUUGUUUUGCCUGUUGGUGUCUGUCUGUUUUUACUUUGAUGCCAGCAGAAAUACCAGAUAAUAAUGAACUAGUAAUUGCAGGUGGAGUUAUAAUUGUCACAGUUGGAGCAGCAGCAAGGUGGCUAGAUCAACAUUCUGAAGGGAAUAAACAUUGGUCAAGUAUCUGUUAUCAUGAAACAGAUAAAUCCAGGCAUUCCAUGCUAUUUUACGUACAGGUUCUUUUAGUUGGAUUAUCAUCAAUUAUGGUGUCAUUGUCAACGUCUCACAGAACAGAGAAGCAAGAACUGCAUUCAAUACACCAGUUAAUAAAUUGGACUCUUGCGGGUUUCUCAAUGGUUCUCCCACUUUUCUCAGAAAAUGGUCUAUUGUCACGACUGACUUCCAUAUUUCUUGGUUUUGCACCCACAUUCCUGCUUCUAUCUAUUGGAUAUGAAGCUGUCUUUUAUGGUGCACUUGCUCUUGUACUUAUGGCAUGGAUACUAUUUGAGAACACAAUUCUUCACUUAACUAAGGGGAAAAAAUUUUCAAAGCUUGAGGAACACACUACGUUAGAAAAUGAAAGGUGCCUACAGCUUUCUGAUAUGAGAAUUCCAUUAGUUUUUAUGGUUUUGUUUAAUGUUGCUUUCUUUGGAACGGGGAAUUUUGCAAGUAUUGCAAGUUUUGAGAUUUCAUCUGUCUAUCGAUUCAUCACCGUCUUCAGUCCUUUUUUGAUGGCAGCUCUUCUUAUUUUCAAGUUAUUCAUACCGUUCAUGCUUGUUAUAUGUGUUUUUAGUGCAAUAACCAAACUACUGCAAGUUCCACUGUUGGGAUUUUAUUUUCUGGUUAUAUUAUUUUCAGAUGUGAUGACUGUCCACUUCUUCUUCCUGGUAAGAAAUACAGGAAGCUGGAUGGAAAUUGGUAACAGCAUCAGCCAUUUUGGUAUAGUGAGUGCUCAAGUUGUGUUUGUGCUAUUACUUUUUGCCCUCACAAAUGUUUACACAAAAGACAUCCGAAUUAGAUCAGAUAGCUUAUCCUCUAGGAAGGCAGUGUAAGUUACUUUGAAAUUGGCAUUUGUAAGCAUCAAAAUUAGCAGCCGCAUUCCCUUUUGAAGUGAUCUCUUGCAUUGUCAUGGAAAAGAUCUAAAAUCUGCUCCAUAUUCUUUUUUGAUAAUAUGAGACUGAUUGAGGUGUAAUUUUCAAGAUUAUGGAAUUCAAUUUUGCUAGA